AUCAAUCCUCUGCUUUCAAGUUUGAAGCUUUACGCAGAAGAUAGAGACCUUCAGUCUUCAGCCAUAGCCAAUUCCUCAAGCAAAUUCUGAAACCACAAACCCAGUUCCAAAAGCAAUUCUUUUUAUUUCUGGGUCCACAAACAAGAAUCGCCAUUUCGAGGUUUGAGAUGCUCCAGUGACUCUGCUUUGAACAAAUCUGUGUCACGAAGAAAGGAGGGGACCCAAAAGAACAUAAGAUUCCAUUUUUCUUGAAAACCCAGAUACAUGGGGCAUCCCCAGCAGCCAAAAAGAAGAGUCGCAUUUUUGUUGAUUGAUGGUGUGGGCGAUGUGUCAAUACCAAAGUUGGGAUUUAAGACUCCUCUUCAGGCAGCCAAACUGCCGAAUUUGGAUGCCAUAGCAUCCGCUGGAGUUAAUGGUCUAAUGGACCCUGUUGAAGUUGGUCUGGGUUGUGGAAGUGACACAGCCCACCUUUCUCUAAUGGGUUACAACCCUAGGGUAUAUUACCGGGGCCGCGGUGCAUUUGAGUCCAUGGGAGCAGGAUUGGCAAUGUCACCAGGUGACAUUGCAUUUAAGUCUAAUUUUGCAACAUUGGAUGAAAAAACUGGAAUAGUUAUCAGUAGGAGGGCUGACAGACACUUUGAAGAAGAAGGGCCCAUACUGUGUGCAGCACUCGAUGGAAUGAAGUUGCCAUCUUUUCCCGAAUAUGAAGUCAGAGUCAGGUAUGCAACAGAACAUAGAUGUGGAGUGGUUGUAAAAGGACCAAGUUUAAGUGGAAACAUAUCAGGAACAGACCCUUUGAAGGACAACCGUUUACUUUUGCAAGCUGAAGCUCUAGAUGGUAGUGACGAGGCACGGCAUACAGCUAAAGUUGUUAACGAGUUAUCCAAGGAAAUAUCAAAUAUUCUCAUUGCUCAUCCACUGAAUGCAAAGCGGGCCUCUGAAGGGAAGAACAUAGCUAAUGUUGUCCUUUUACGAGGCUGUGGUAUCCGGAUUGAGGUUUCUCCAUUUGCAAAGAAACAUGGGUUAUGGCCUUGUAUGGUAGCUCCAACAAAAAUCAUUGCUGGAUUGGGCUUAUCUCUUGGCAUUGAUAUCCUGGAAGCUCCUGGAGCAACUGGAGACUACAGAACACUUCUAACUUCCAAAGCAACUGCAAUAGCCAAGGCACUCUCGGCUCCUCUGCAGUCUUGCCCCAAUGUGUUUGUGCCCGGGGAAGAUGAACACAAACCAGGCCGAUCAGAUGGCUAUGAUUUUGGGUUCCUCCACAUAAAGGCUAUAGAUGAUGCAGGUCAUGACAAGGCAACCAUUUUCAAAGUCAAAGGAUUGGAAGCUGUGGAUCGAGCUAUAGGGCAGCUGGCCAGGCUCCUUUGGGAGACUGAAUCAACUGGAAAAUUUCAGUACUUUCUUUGUGUUACAGGAGACCACUCUACCCCAGUUGAAUAUGGAGACCACAGCUUUGAGCCAGUUCCGUUCACAAUAUGUUCAUUGAAAGAUUUUGUGGGUGUUGUAGGUGUGGAAACGAUUUUGGGUGGUUCGCUUGAUCCAUUUCCUCUUCCAACCGUAAAAGAGUGUGAAUAUCCAACAGAACAUGUCGAGAUGGAACAGGAGCCCACCAAACAGCCUCGAGCUUUCAGCGGUGAUUCAGUUUGUGAGUUUAAUGAGAUAGCGGCAGCAAGGGGAUGUCUUGGACGUUUUUCUGGCGGUGAGAUGAUGGGAGUAAUAAAGAAUUUCCUGGAGCUAGAAGCAUGAGCUGCUCAAGUCGAAAGUGUGCUGCGACCACUGGGUAUAUGCCCCACCAAGGAAAUUGGCUACAAUUCAAUGAUAUGUAGUGAAGUUUUGAAAUCCUUUAAGAAAACAAGAGAAUUGAAAAUAAGCAUCCCAAGAGGUUUUCCUUUCUAAAUCU